AGAGCCAAAGAAAUUUAAGAACACAAGCUCAAGUUAUAUAGAUUGAUAAAAAUAUAUACUCUUACUAAUAUCAACUUAUAUCUUAGUACGCUAUUUCAAAGUUAAAAAAAAGUACGCUAUUUCAUAUAACAUAAUAAAGUUAUAAAAAGACCAAUUUGUGUCUUUCUUCUGAGUUCGUGGGCGUACUUACAUACACAGUACUGAUGGGAAGACGUGGGAUCGCCAAAGUACCGAUGCUGCUGUUAAGGAGUUGGAAGCAAGUUCAAGGACGAGCACGGAUAAGCAGCAAAGCUGCAAAACUGAAUCCUAUGGUUGUCCACUACUCUGAAGAUAUUUCUGAUCAUAGGGUAGAGAUUAAUUGUGGCGGCGAAGAGGAGUGGGUUCCACACCCACGUACCGGAAUAUUCUUUCCGCCGGGACAAGAGUCGGUGAUGGAUGGUGUCCCUGAGGGUGCUGCUUCUUUUGACAUGAUGUUUUGGCUUAGGGACGUCGAUGGUGUGGACAAACCUGAUCACGACCAUCAUUUUCCUAACUGAAACAAAAAAGUGAUAAUAUGUAACUAUAGCAAAAUAAUCCCGUGUGUACGCACGUUUGAUUAUGAUAAUUUCGUAUAAUGUAUGAUGGUUUAAUAGCAAUGCUUUCUUAAUUAAUAUCAUUCGUUGUGAUUA